CAUUAUUAUGGAAAUUAUUCAUGGAGACGGGAAUCAAGAAGAUUCAUUGAACAAUCACAAUCUAUCUGAUGAUGGAUUACACCUACAGAACGAAGCUCUUGGUAUCGAACUUGAAGUCCUCCGAGCAUCUUACAGUGACAUCCGAUCAAAAUUCAUGAACUUGGGGAAUGAAUUAACAACUCUCCAUGAAGAAAAACAAGAACUUGUGGAGCAAAAUGUGAACUUAGUAAUGAAUUUGCAAGAAAUAUCAAGCGAGAGAGAUGAUGCUCUGGAAGAAGUUGCAAGAAUCGAGAUGUCGGCGAGAGAAAAAGAAGAUGAAUUAGCGGGACAGAGGGAGCAAUUUGAGGUUUUCGAAGAAAUAAUCGGAGAGUUAGUGGAAGAGAAAAGGCAGAGAAUGGACGUGUUUUCUCGAGGUUGGGAUUCCAUACGGUCGGUAAAAGAAUUCUUAGACAGAAUCAUAGAAAGAAUGGAUGAUGAGAAACCGGAGAAGAUCGUUGUAGAUGAAAAUAUUAUUGAUGAUUUGAAACUGGAUGAUGCAACGAAAGGAUAUUUAUCGGAGACAAUGUACGUUGAUAAGCUAGUGAAAGUCGCGGAAUCCAGGUUUACGGAAUACGAAUCGAAGAAAACAAAAGAGAAGAAGGAACUGGAGAAUAGCUUGGCUCAAGAGAACAGAGAUGUUCAUAGUUUGUUGAGGAUUGCUUUAGUCGAAAAAGAAUCGGUGUUGAGUAGAUUGAGAGGAAACGAGGAGCAAAAAAGAGGUACACUUUUAGGAUUUGCACAAAGGGUUCGAUUUGGGUUCAUGAGGAGCAAUAGUACAAAUGAAGAUUCAGUGGAGAAUUCGGGUUCUAAGAUGUGCGAAAAAUCCGAUAGUGAAUGUGAUGAGGAGACUGUUAGUCUGGCUUCCACUGUGGAGAAAAUGAUGAAGGAAAUAUCUCAACUUAAGAAAUCCUUGGAGGAGUCCAGGUCAGAGACCGAGCGGCUUCAGAGCCUUGCAGAAAAAAAAGCUCACGAAAUAGCAGAAUUGACAUUGUACAUAAAGGAUUUGGAAGAAAAGGAAACUACUCUAUCCCAAAAUGUUGAACAGCUCGCCGUGGAAAUAAAUGCUGCCGAAGAAGAGAUUUCAAGAUGGAAGGAAACUUGUGAGUUGGAAGUGGAAGCAGGGAAAAAUGCAACUGAAGAACGCGACAAAGAGGCGAAGAUUCUCAGAGAGGAACUGAAUCGAACGAAAGCUUCAUUGGAAUUACUAAACAAUAAGAUAAACUUAAAAGAAGAACUUGCAGCUGCAGCUUUUACUGCCCAAAAAGCCUUUGAGAAAUCUCUCCACCUAGCAGACAGCAGGGCUGGAAGAUUACGUGAGAUUAUCGAAGACCUGACAAAGCAGUUAGAAGAGGCUGACAGUAAAGGAGAGCGUGGUAACAAUCGACGUAAAGUGAGGCACGUUUGUUGGCCAUGGAGAGCACUCCAGCUUAAUCCCACUCGUACUGCAAGAAAUCUUCGUGUCAGGAGCAGAAUGAUACCUGAAAUGGAAAGCUGGCUACUUUUCAAUGUUUGAAUACUCAUCUUCAUAAAUAUCAAUGGUGGAGGCUUGCACAGUCAUUCUAUUUGAGAAACAAACUCAUCCUAGGUAAUAUUAUAUGCCAUCAAAGAGUACUGUUUGCUUAGCCUUGUUUUAUCGAAUUUGCAGCUGCAACAAAUGAAAUGUAAAUAUAUGGUAUAGGUUUCAUGUUACUGGAAUAUCAUUUGCAGUAAUGCGGAGGGUUAGAUUUGGAUUCAUGAGGAGCAUCAGUAAUAUCAAAAAAAAAAAAAAAAAUUGGACUUGUAAAAAAAUUCUCCCAACACAUAAUGAAAAUUAACCCCAUAAAUCUUGACAGGAAAUGAUAUCCUCCAAUUUCACGAGUAAACCAGAGAAGAGAAACAGACAAAUUAAGGGGCCUUCUUAAAAGCUCUUCUAUUUAAGCUAAAUGGGCUUAUAGAGGGCCGUGUAUACAUGGCCCGCACCAAAAGCUAGCCCAAAUACGUUAAUUACUGAUAAGUGAUUUAUUACCAUAUUUAAUACCGUAAAAUAAUCCCACAUCGCCCGAAUAAAAUAUAGUAAAUCGGUUUAAAAAGGAUUUGUACCGGAGAACACAACGCCAAUGGCAAUGAGUUGGCAACAUGGGUCUGAGAAGCUCAGUCCAUCGACGAGUUGGGUCUAGCCCGAAAUCUCCAGACUCCAUGGGAUUUGCCAUUGGUUGGAUCCAAAACUUUUUUGUUUUUGCCAUUGAGCCAGAUAUGCUCAUUUCUCGCAUCAACAGCUUUCUCUCUAUCGGACUCCCCGUGCUUACCAUCCCUCUCAUUCUCACCAGCAGCCUCAAUCCCUUUUCUACUGCUUUCUGCCGAUUCUCUAUCAUGAAAUCCACUGCUUAGACCUUACAUCUCUUGCA